AUGGCUGCAAAGAAGGAAUUCACCUCAUUACAACUAGAAUUGGCAUGGGUCAACCACGAAGGGGACGACGUGGGUCCCAUUCCUGCAUUGGCAUGGGUCAACCACGAAGGGGACGACGUGGGUCCCAUUCCUGAUACCGCCAAGAUUGAAAACCUCGAUCAGAACAUUGGAGCUUUGUCUGUAAAACUCACAACUGAUGAAAUGGUCGAGCUCGAAUUUGUCGCUUCUGAAGUUAAAGGUGAUAGAUAUCCAGCUACAUUGGGUACUUGGAGGACUGCAAAUACUCCGCCCUUGUCCUCAUGGAAAGCUGAAUAG